AUGGCGAAUGUGGGAAAAGUUUUGGCUACUAUAAAAGCCGUUAUAACUCGUCUCGUUUUCGCUUGCCACGGCAUAAUCGCUAUAUGGCAGGUGACUCUGUUCAAAGAUGACAUCGAAUACUGGUAUUUGGCGUCCCCUAUUAUGCUUCUUAUAUUCGAAGGAGUCUUUACGUUGACUAUAAAAGAAAAUCAGGAGUGGAAAUGGUUUUGUCCAUCUGUGUUCAUCUACCUAGGUUUGGUUGUGCCAGCGAUAUGGUUACUAGAGCUGCACAAAGUCGACUUGAGGCUGCAGAAGAAGACGAUCAACGUGACUUAUGUCGAGACAGACCUCCCCAUACCAGGCGCCACGAAGAUCCCCACGGACAUGUGGGUGACGCUCAUUGAACAGUUUCUGAUGCUUACCCUCAUCGUGGGACGGUGGUUACUGCCCAAGGGAGACCUGACGAGGGACCAGCUCAGCCAGCUGCUACUUGUGUAUAUUGGUACGGCAGCGGACAUAAUAGAAUUCUUCGACUCUUUCAAAGAUGAGAAGGUGGCCACGGAGAAAGUCCUAGUACUCCUAACCCUGGCGAUAUGGUCAUGGUCCCUCAUGCAGUUCACAGUUGUCCUGACUGCUACCAAGUCCAGGAAAUCCCGAGGAACAGCCAAUAGGUCCGACAUAAAUAGUCGGGCGUGCUGCUGUUCAAUCGAAGUAUGUGCCAUUAUCAUGAAUAUAGCUCUUCAAGAUGCACCGUUUUUGGCGUUUCGACUUCUAAUCAUAUGCCAUUAUAAGAUCAUAAACUAUAUGAACAUCUUCUUCACGUGUAAGAAUACGUUGGUAAUAUUGCUACAAAUAUACAGACUGUAUGUUUUGCACUUGGAGACCGUGGAUGAGGGUAAUGGUGGCUCCGUGUACAGAAAGAAGACCAAACAUAGGAGCACAGACAAGAAGGAGAAGGAGAAGGAGAAGAAACAUAGUAAACACAAAUCAAAAAAACAUAAGAAGAAACAUGAAAUCGGAGAGACUUCCAUAUCUGUGAUCAGCGACAGGAGGCACGAUCGAGGUGAUGGGGGACGGAUCAGAGCCAUUAUCUUAACAAAUUCGGAUGAAAUCAAAGAAUUGGAGCUGUCCAAACUGUUCAAGGAUCAAGUUUCGACUGAAAAUGAAAAGAAGAAAGGGACCAAGAAAAAGCAAAAAUCGGAGAGUUCAGAAGAAUCUCUAAACAACGUUCACCACACGACUGAUGAUUCAGGCAUUUGA